AUUCUGUUUCAUCUCUUUAUGACUUUCGAAUACAGCUCACGGACAAUUUUAGAGAAGUAUCUGAAACCUGCAGUUUCUGUGGCUGAGGGUGACAAAUCCACUUCCAAAAAGUCCAUUGAAAGACAAAACCAAACUCAGUUUCACCUUGCACACUAUGCAGAUGGUUUGUUUAGGAGUUACGAGGAAAGACUUUCCUCGACUGAAUGGCAAGCUGCAAUGCAUUUAAGGAGACAAAAGAAAAUGGAGUUGGAAGCACUUAUUAGGCGCAUAAAAAGUUCAACAAAGAAAGACCAAACUGACUACUCAUUGAAAAUACAAGAGUUGCAAAAACAACUUGCAAUGGAUAAGGAAGAGGCUGAAAAGUUGCAGGAUGAUAGAGACAAUUUUCUCAACCUUGCAUUAGAGGGAUAUGAACGUUGUUUGGUGAUUGGCAACAAAUAUGACGUAAGAGUGGUUUUUCGACUGGUGUCCCUGUGGUUCGCACUCUCAUCAAGACUAAAUAUCAUAAAGAACAUGCUUAGUACAGUUGAGGAGGUUCAGUCAUAUAAGUUCAUACCAUUAGUUUACCAAAUUGCUUCAAGAAUGGGAAGCUCAAAGGACGGUGUUGGACCACAUAGCUUUCAGUUUGCUUUGAUUUCCCUUCUCAAAAAAAUGGCAAUUGAUCAUCCAUAUCACACAAUCUUUCAGCUUCUGGCUUUGGCAAAUGGUGAUCGCAUCAAGGAUAAACAGCGUAGCAGAAAUUCAUUUAUAGUAGAUAUAGACAAAAAGCUUGCAGCAGAGAAACUCUUGGAGGAAUUAUUGGCAUAUCAUGGACCUAUUAUUACACAAACAAAACAGUUGGUGGAGAUCUAUAUAAAGCUUGCAGAGCUUGAAACAAGGAGAGAGCAGGACACCAAUAAAAGGAUAACGCUACCGAGAGAAAUUAGAAGUCUUCGAGAGCUAGAACUGGUUCCCGUGAUAACAGCUACCUUUCCAGUUGAUCCUAGCUGUCAAUAUCAUGAAGGCUCAUUCCCAUAUUUCAAAGGAUUAUCAGAUUCAGUUGUGAUAAUGAAUGGUAUAAAUGCUCCAAAGGUGGUUGAAUGCCUUGGUUCUGAUGGUCACAAAUAUAAACAGCUAGCAAAAUCUGGAAAUGAUGACCUAAGACAAGAUGCUGUCAUGGAACAAUUUUUUGGUCUAGUUAACACAUUUUUGCAGAAUCAUCGGGAUACGUGGAAAAGAAGAUUAGCUGUUCGUACCUAUAAGGUUGUUCCUUUUACUCCAAGUGCUGGUGUUCUGGAAUGGGUCGAUGGCACUCUCCCGCUUGGAGAAUACCUAAUUGGAAGCAUGAGGAAUGGAGGUGCCCACCGUCGCUAUGGGACAGGAGACUGGCCAUUUCCCAAAUGUCGAGAGCACAUGGAAAAUGGAAAGGAUAAGCGCAAAAUUUUCCAGGAAGUUUGUGAGAACUUUAGGCCUGUCAUGCAUCACUUCUUUUUAGAGAGGUUCUUACAACCAGCUGAUUGGUUUGAGAAGAGACUUGCUUACACACGUAGCGUGGCAGCAAGUUCAAUGGUGGGUUAUAUUGUUGGUCUUGGAGAUCGUCAUGCCAUGAAUAUCUUAAUCGAUCAAGCCACUGCAGAAGUUGUUCACAUAGAUCUUGGUGUGGCCUUCGAACAAGGCUUGAUGUUGAAGACACCAGAGCGAGUUCCAUUCAGACUGACAAGAGAUAUAAUUGAUGGCAUGGGUGUGACUGGAGUUGAUGGUGUCUUCAGAAGAUGUUGUGAAGAAACUCUCUCUGUUAUGCGGACAAAUAAAGAAGCUCUUCUGACCAUUGUUGAAGUUUUUAUCCAUGAUCCCCUUUAUAAAUGGGCUCUAUCCCCUUUGAAGGCCUUGCAGCGGCAAAAGGAUAGCAAUGAUGAUCUGGAGACAAGCCUUGAAAGUUUACAAGAAGAAAGUGAGGGAAAUAAGGAUGCUGCACGUGCCUUGAUGCGUGUCAAACAAAAACUAGACGGAUAUGAAGAAGGAGAAAUGAGAAGUGUCCAUGGCCAGGUUCAGCAACUCAUACAAGAUGCAAUUGAUCCGGAGCGUUUAUGUCAAAUGUUUCCUGGAUGGGGAGCUUGGAUGUGAUAAAACUCAUUUUUGGAGCGAUUGCACCCUAUCUUCUUGUACAUGCGGCUUUAACAUUUUUUUCCCCAAAAAACAAAGGCUGCACAUAAAGGAUCUGGUUUGGUUGCUUGCAGUCAGAGAAUGUGUUUCGGGUGCAGUUGGUGCGAGUAUAUAAGACACAUAUUUGUGAACUAUAUGUUGUACUGUUGAUCUAUAUUGUAAAAAAUGACUCCCCAGCAUUUUAGGAGUAUUUAUCCACCUUUUGUGUGGUUACUGAUCCUUGUCGGGAUCGCUGACAAAAAGACUAUUUAGUUUUAAAAUCUUUCUUCUUCUUUUACAAAUGCAAAGUGCAAACUUCGCUCAUGGGCGGGCAAAUAUUAUUCAAGAAGAUUCUGUUCGUUAUA